AUGGAAACUUUAGCGGUCGUAUGUAUCUUGGCGUGGAUGCUUGCUUACACAUCAGCUUUACAAACAUACUACAUGGAGGAAGGAUGUGGUGCGGCUAUCAACAUGAUGACACGGAAUGAGGAUUCCAUUAUCUUACGAUUGUCCCGUAACCCAACCCAUCGUCCUAACCAGGAUUGUGUGAUUGCCAUCGAACCCCCUCUGGGAAAAGACCUCUCAGUGACCUUCCGUGACCUUGAUGUAGAAUCCAGUCCCACUGGUCAAUGUGCGACCGAUUUCCUGAGGAUGUACGACGGGCGAAGCGGUCAAGCACAAUUUGUCCAAGGCCUACCCCAGACUAUUUGUGGUAACAGUAACAUGAUGCUCACCCGAUCCUACGAGACCCGCCUUGGUUACCUUACGGUUCAGUUCCAGAGCCGUUCUCAGAUUGUCAACAGGAGAGGAUUCGAGCUCCUGAUCAGCGCUUUUAGACGAGGACCCUGCCAGGGAGGGGAGACUCAGUGUUACAAUGGACGCUGUAUAAACAAUAAUCUGAGGUGUUCCGGAUACGAUCACUGUGGUGACGGAACCAAUCUUUGUCCUCUCCCCCUCGAGGCCAGCGUCGCCCUCGGAGUCGGUGGUAUUGUCGUCCUCGUCGUUAUCAUCGCUAUCAUCGGAGUUUGUAUAUACAAGAAAAAAAGAAGUUCAUCGAUGAAAGAUGAGAUCACCAAAGAACAGAUAAGGAAGGAGCAGUACCAUAACGUUAGCGGCGAAAGUAUCAGGGUCAAGACCGUAUCCAAUGGCAACAUGCACUGA